CCCCGCUCAUUUGGCGGUAGCUGCACUUUGCUCCAGCUGCUCCCCUGAAGGAGGCAUUUUUCACUGAGCUCAAUGGAGAAGAAGGUGGUGCUGAUCACGGGUUGCUCCUCUGGUAUCGGCCUCGGCCUCGCUGUUCGGUUAGCGUCGGACCCUGACCAAACAUUCAAAGUCUAUGCCACAAUGAGGGACCUGGCCAAGAAGGAGCGUCUUCUAGAGAGUGUUAAAGGCCCGCACAGGGAUAACUUGGAAAUUCUCAGAAUGGAUGUGACUGACCGACAAUCAAUCUGGGAUGCGAAAGACAGAGUUGUGGAAAAACGGGUGGACGUUUUGGUGUGUAACGCUGGCGUGGGUUUGAUGGGGCCACUGGAGGCCCAGCCCUUACACUCCAUGAGGCACGUUCUGGAGGUCAACCUUCUGGGAACCAUUCAGACCAUUCAAGCCUUCCUCUCAGAAAUGAAGGCUCGGGGCCAGGGCCGCAUACUGGUCACCGGCAGCACUGGAGGCCUUCACGGUCUCCCUUUUAAUGAAGUCUACUGUGCCAGUAAAUUUGCGAUCGAGGGAGCAUGUGAGAGUUUGGCUGUCCUCCUGAAACACUUUAAUGUACACGUGAGCCUGAUUGAAUGCGGUCCGGUCAACACCAGCUUCAUGGUGAACCUGCAGAAGGCCGAGGUGGGGGAUCCUUCGCUCAAAGACGUGGACGCCCAAACACUCAGUCUGUACGAAAAGUAUCUGCAGCACUGCAGCUCGGUUUUCCAAACCGCCGCACAGGACACAGAGGACAUCGUGAAGGUCUUUCUAACUGCUAUCCAGUCACCCAGCCCUUCCUUCAGAUACUUCACCAACGGCGCCAUGCCCCCACUGACCAGGCUGAAGUUCACAGAGCCGGAUGGAGCUCAAUACAUCAGUGCCAUGAGCCGGAUCAUUUUCUCUGAACAAUAACAUUUGUGCUGUUAAGUUACUGCAAAGCUGUGACUGGGGUGAAGGAGGCUUCCCUUGUUUGCACAAGUUUUUAUAUUUACUUUCUAAUUUUAGCCGUCGAAACAAAGUUGGCCCAUCGAAGAUUGGGAGUUGCUUCAUAUUCUAUUUUCGAGCCUCUUUAUCCCUGGUGAGGAUAUUGACCAGAUUUGAUAAAAUUCAAUUUUCUGAGUGAUACCACAGAGAUUUCUUGCCGCUUGUUUGACAGAGCUCUUGACUCCGUUUGCAUAACCUUUCUGGGAUUGCUUCUUACCAUAUUGUUGAAAUGGAAAUAUUUGAAAAAUGCACUUAUGCAAUUUUCUCCUUUUUAUUUUAAGCACGAAGGAAAAGCUCAAUAUUUUUAAAGCACAAAGUAAAAAUCUUAUGGUUACAUAACUUUUAUCAUCGAAGUGAAAGAGUGGCCGUUUGAAUUGUUUCUGAUCAAAUGACCAAUCUUGUUUAAAUACAUGCUUCCCACCACUGACCAUAUGACAAAAAUAUAUAUAAACAUAAUUGUAUUCACUUGAAUAAAUUGCCUAACAUACACCAUUUCUACUAUACUAACAUAAAAAGGGGUCAAAUAAAAUUGCAAUAGGUGCUUAGUCGUAGAAUACCCUUUCACCUACAAAUCGAUUGUUUCUUUCUCCUUGUGAUGUCUGUUCAUGUUGCAACAUUAAAUAAACAAUGUUUUAGACAAUAAA